AAUGUGAGCUGUUUAAGACUAACAGUACCUGUUUUUAACUCUUUUGUCUAUUCCAUUGUUAAAAAGAGUGUUUUAGGUGAAAUGACAGCAUGAGGUUUACAAGAUUUUUCCCAGGUAAAUGUCAAAGACUGUGGACACAACCAGUGAAGGAGUCAUGCAGCAGCAAGAACAGUAUCCCUGUACGCCAUCUCUUCCAACAGUCCGAGACUGCUGCGGGACAUUCAUUUCAAGAUCCAAGAAUUAAGAUGACUCCCAGACUGAUUCGAAUGGCCAGAUUUACCAAAAGAAUUGGCUGGACAGAAGAGCCCCCUCAAUUCAUAACGCGAAAUGAGCAUCUUGCCAUGAGAACUAUUUCAAGGAUAAAGGUCAAUGUCAUUGGUGUUGUUUUCAUGAUCUGUCUUGCCGGGUCAAUUAUCAGGAAAGGGAGAGAAAUCAAGAAGCGAGGGAGGACACUGAGUGAUUGCAGCCAAGUGCAAGUAGAUGCACUGAGACUUAAGCAUUUACUGGAACAGAAACAGGAAAGAGAAGCUGCUGCAAAGACUAGUAAAGCCUAGAGAACCAGUUUAUUUUACAGCAUUUUAUUUCUGUUUGUAGAGUUAAUAAAGACUGAAUACAUUGUACAUGUUUAAAACAGCUCUAAAUAUAAUUAUGUACAAACAUAUAAACAGUAAAUAUAUUUUAACAAGAA